GCUCCCAUCACUCUGGGUCUGGAGGGGCUAGCUAGGAAAUCAAAGAUGAAGCUCCUUUUUGUAGCUGCCUUUACACUCUUUGUGCUCUCUACAUUUGACAAGGCUGAAUCUUCAGCUUAUGACAAAAUAGUCGCCCACAGUCGCAUUAGGGCAAGAAAAGAAGGACCCAAUGUCUGCGCGCUCCAGCAAGUCAUGGGGACCAAGAAGAAGUACUUCAGCACUUGUCGUAAUUGGUACCAAGGGGCCAUCUGUGGAAAGAAAGCGACUGUGCUUUAUGAGUGCUGCCCAGGGUACAUGAAGCUCGAGGGCAUGCGCGGUUGCCCUGCAGUGGCCCCGAUUGACAAUGUGUACGAGACCUUGGGUCUGGUGAAGGCCACCUCAACCCAAAAGUACUCUGAUCUUUCUAAGCUGAGGCCUGAGAUCGAGGGAUCUGGAUCCUUCACCUUCUUUGCCCCCAGUAACGAGGCCUGGGAGCUUUUGGACGAAGAAGUAAGGAGUGCACUGGUCAGCAAUGUCAACGUUGAGCUGUACAACGCUCUGCAUUACCACAUGGCCAACAAACGCUUCUUGACCAAAGAUUUAAAGAAUGGAAUGGCGGUCACCUCCAUGUACAACGACCUUGGUCUCCAUAUCAACCAUUACUCCAAUGGGGUGGUGACUGUGAACUGCGCCAGGAUUAUCUAUGGCAACCAGGUAGCCACCAAUGGAGUUGUGCAUGUCAUUGACCGUGUUAUCAGCGCUGUUGGAAACACAAUCCAGGACGUCAUUGAGGUUGACGAUGACCUGACAACUCUGAGUGAUGUGGCUCUAAACGCUGGAUUCUUGGAGAAGCUGGGUCAGCCAGGACAUUACACUCUCUUUGCCCCCACCAACGAAGCCUUUGAGACUCUGGGCAGCGAAGUGUUGGAGAGACUUCAGGGUGACAAGGAGGUCCUCAAAGCUCUUCUGAAUUUCCACCUCCUGGACUCCGUGCAGUGCUCUGAGGCCAUCAUGGCUGGCACCUCUUAUGAGACCCUGGAGGGCAACAACAUUGAGAUCGGCUGUGAUGGUGAAAGCUUAACAGUCAACGGCAUCAAGAUGGUGCUCAAGAAGGACAUUGUCACCACCAACGGUGUCAUCCACCUUAUUGACAAAGUGCUCAUGCCAGACUCAGCUAAGCAGGUGAUGGAGCUGGUGGGAAGUUCCCAGUCAACCUUUGGUGACAUGGUGUCCGAGCUGGGCCUUUCUGCUGCCAUGAGAGCAGACGCUGAGUACACUUUGCUGGCUCCCCUCAACGUUGCCUUCAAUGAUGAAGUGAUGUCCAUGGAUCAGAGGUUGCUCAAGAGCAUCCUGGAGAGCCACAUCUUGAAGAGCAAGAUUGUCCUGGGACAGUUGUUCAGUGGCCAGCGGCUGGAGACCAUCGCAGGGAAAUUUCUGAGAGUCUUCAUCUAUCGCACAGCUGUGUGCAUUGAGAAUUCCUGUCUGGUAAGAGGCAGUAAAGAAGGAAGCAAUGGGGCCCUUCAUCUCAUGAGGACUCUGUUGAAACCGGCGGAAAAAUCUAUGUUUGAGAUUCUGACAGAAAAUGGAGGGUUCAAGAUCUUUUUGUCUCUGAUGGAAGCCGCUGAAUUGACUGACCUGCUGAAACAGGAGGGAGACUUUACUCUGUUCGCCCCAAGCGAUAAGGCUUUUGCUGGUUUGAGCGACAGUGAUUUGUCCUUGUUGAAGAGUGACAUAAAUGCCCUCAGAACCAUCCUUUUGUAUCACAUCAACAAUGGUGUCUUCAUUGGUGGCGGUUUGGAGGCUGGGGUGACAAACCUUCUCAAGUCUCUUCAGGGCAGCAACCUCAGAGUGAUGCUUGCUAACAGCUCUAUGCAAGUGAAUUCGGUCCAAGUCCCUGAAUCUGAUAUCAUGGCCACAAAUGGAGUCAUUCACUUCGUCAACCAAGUCUUGUAUCCUGGAGAUAUCCCUGUUGGAAGCCAGGAUUUCCUCAUGCUACUGAGGAGGCUCAUCACUUACAUGCAAAUCAAGUACAUUUCAGGAUUCAGAUAUCAGGAAAUCCCCCUUACAUUUAUGAAGAGGAUCAUCACUCGUGUCGUCCAGGAAGUUCCUGAUGUAACCAAAGUGACGAGGGUUAUUCAAAGUGAUCCCCUUAUCACCAAAGUGACGAGGGUUGUUCAAGCGGACCCCACUAUCACCAAAGUGACGAGAAUUGUUCAAGCUGACCCCGUUGUCACCAAAGUGACGAGGGUUGUUCAAGCGGACCCCAUUGUCAGCAAGGUUACCAGAGUCAUUUCAAGUGAGAGCAGGGUCAGCAGAGUCAUCGAAGGUGACCCCACCUACACCACGGUCACCAGAGUCAUUGAAGGCCCUCAGUACUCAGCCAGCUCUGGCACCACCAACAUCGCCCUGGAAGAAACUGACCUUUCAAACCUUGAAGGGGAUAGUGAAAGAAUUACCCAAAUGAUCCAAGAAGGCAGUACAAGAAGAACUGGUUCCCGAAGAGUUGUAGCUGGCAACAGGAGGAGGGGAAGGAACUGAGCAUGGACGGAUGAGAAUAUCAACGUUGUAAAGGCAGAAAGAUACCGAACCCAGCGGUUGAAACUUUGAUACAGGGGAUACACUUAAGAUGUCAGUGAUUCCAGAUAUACUGUAAAAGUUAUAGUUGAUAAAAAAUAAAACUAUUCUCAUGAACAAUUUAAUGGUGCUUUGAAUGUAUAUCUGUUAGGCUGUAAUUUCUGAAAAGAGUUCAGCAUAUGUAAACAGUGUUCAAAUUAACAUUUUGGCAUGACUUUAAAGACACAGAGCAAGUCAGGGUAGCAAUAAACUAUUUUAAAUCCAAGCCAUUAGAGUAGCUUUAAAAAACAUUUCAGCUCUAAACUUCUCUAUGCUUUUUGCUCAAGGUGAAGGUUAAAAAUAGGAGAUUUUACGAGCUGUUUGGGAAGAUGUAUAAAGCUCAGCAUUAUAAAGAUUGAAAAAGAAAUGAUGGUGUGUUUUCAGACUUAAACUGUUCCAUUCUUUUCAUUUCUGUGGCUGUAAAUUUUGUCUAUGCUUGUAUCAUUUGGAUCGAUGUUUCCAAUUGCAGAUUGUUUCCUUUCUAUUUUUUAAACAUCUUCCAAUAAAGUGCAUUCUUUUAUAUACAUAUGUCAAUUUGAAAA